AAAUCAGUUGUUGAGAUAACAUUAUUUUGAGAUUCUAAGUGAACUUUAGUCAAAGUGCAUAAAAAUGAAUAACGCUAUUUUCUUCGCUGAAGGACUGAAGUUUUUUGACAUAACAUUGAAAGAGAAAUUAGAUGAGUUUGACGCACCACCGUGGUCGCCUAACAUCGAAAAAUUGUCUCCAAUCAAAAAAAUGAACACACCGUUUUAUAAGGCAUUUGGAAAUGGUGUUUCUGUGGAAUCCUUCGAUAAAAGCAAGCUGGAAUUCAGAUCUCCAGCAGAGGAAUCAACUCCGUCAUCUCCAGAAACAUUGAAAGUUUCAUUACCCUCAACACCUAUAUUAAGGAAGCCAAUAAGUGUCAUAAUGUCUAGGAUACGGAGAAUAAACUUCGAUUUACCCGAAGAUUAUGAGCUACAAGUAAAAUCAACUGUUGAUAAUGGAGAAAAAAAUGGUGAUGAUGCUGUCAAGGAAACUGUGUUGUGAUUUGCCAUUUAUAAACCCACUCUGGUUUCUCCUAAUAAUUUAGGGUGCUAAAGUCUUCGCCAUAUCUUUAGCUCGCGUCUUUACAUCAUAAAUUCCCAUCAAAUUUAGUGUGGCGUGAUAAGUGACAAACAGAAGUAGAAAAGAGACGCACAUUAUAAGAGAUGCAUUGUAAUUACCCACCGAUAUUUAUACAAUGUUUCGAAAAGUAGAGAUAUUCUAUAUUAAACAAUAAGUUUACUAUAGAGUAUAUAAGUACAUAUUUAUUUUUAGGUAUAAAGAUUGUGAUCUACAUAAAGUACCUGCAAAGUGCCUAUUUAAAUACUAUUACCUAUGUUAUCAAUAUUUUACAUGUUGAUAUUGUGUUAUUGACUUUUAGUUAUUAAUUCUAGCAACUAGUUUUUUGUUUCGGUUUAAAACUUAAUUGUUAAUGUCGGUCAAUGUCAGUUAUUAUUUAAGACCUGUUUACGUUUAUAUAAAUUUAAGUCUGACUUUUCGAUCCGACAUGGAUUAUUUUAAG